GAGGUAAAAAUAAAAAAGAAGUGAAGGUGUAGUGAAGGGUGAGGGAGAAAGGCAUCAUCAUAAACAUAAAUUGGUGACAUGUAAUAUGUAACAGAGUUGUGGAAUUGUUGGAGCUGAUGGAAGUGAUGAUCUGUAACCAUUUCCUAUAUUCACCACUCUCUCUCUUAUCUUCUUCUUCUUCUUCUUUUUCUACACCUUUCUCUACUUCCUCUUUAAGCCUUAAAUUCUCUGCUUCAUCUGUGUCUUGCUCUCUCAUGGAAGAUACACACAACAACCAUGGCCGCACCAAAUUCUUGGAGUUUCCCUUUGUUUCAGGGGCCCACAAGAACCUCAUGGUUGAUCUUGUUUCAACACUUGAGAACCGCUUUAACUCUCAGCUCCUUCCUUGCUCACUUCCCCCUCAUAUUCAGCAUUACCAAAGCCAGAGUGGUUCUGCACAAGCUUCCCUGCAUAUUAGAGCAGGCCACACUAACUCCCCGAUAGAUUUUGUAUUGGGAAGCUGGGUGCAUUCUGAUCUACCAACAGGAGGGUCCUUAGAUAUAACAAGUCUCUCAGGCUAUCUGAACACUUCAACUGAUUCACCAAAUUUUGUGUUUGAAAUGAUUCGAAGUAGUCCAACCAUGCUAGUUCUCAUUCUUGAUUUGCCACCCCGAAAAGACCUUGUACUUUGGCCUGAUGACCUCAAAACUUUCUAUGAAGAAACUCAAUUGGAUACGCAUAGGCAAGCUCUGGAGAGAGUUCCAGAGAUUCAACCUUACUUCUCUUCUUCCCUUUACAUCCGCACUGUUGCCUCCCCUACAGCCAUAAUGGUUCGAAUUCAGACUGAAAACGGCGGAGGGGAACGCAUGGAGGAGAUCAUCAGGAACCACUUGAACCACAUUUCAAAGCAAGUGUUGGGGAUCUGGUUGGAUCAUUGUGCUUGUGCCAAGAGAGAAGUAGGAGAGGCAGAAAGAGCUUAUCUUAAAAAAAGGGAUGGUCUCAUUAGAAACAAGACUAUCGAGAUUGAUCUAGGAUCAAGCUUUCCAAGGUUGUUUGGUCCAGAAGUAGCAAACAAGGUGCUGGAAGCCAUCAAGGAGUAUUUCACUGUCUGAGAUCAGAUGCAAAUUUAUUUAAAAUUGUUGGAUAUUCUCUAUGUUACAUCUAUGUACCUAAUUUCCCUGUAGUCUAGUGAGGCUGGGUUUUCUCUGAAUCUCUAGUCAAAUAUCACGUCUGUAAAUCAUAGUUUGUCCUCAUUAUUGGCUGUGCAUCAGCACUAUGCUUAUAUAUGUAGUUACUAGGGAUGUGACUCAGAAAUCUGGACCUAAUUAAUGCAGACAUUUUCCCGUUUCUUAGU